CGUGGGCUAAGAAGUUGUUCUUCCCACUAAACGAGAUUUUUGCCCAAGGGCUUCAGUAAUGUAUCACUAGGCCUACGCAUUCGAAUAUACUUUAGUUGUCAAGUAAGGGCAUCGGAAGGAACUUUGAAGGGGGUUCGAAAGAAAAAAAGUUACUGGAUCAUGAUUGAUGGAUGCUUACACGAGGCCUAAAUAAACGCAUAAAAGGUUUGGUGGCAGGGGCCGCGGCCACUAACAAGGGGAAAUUCAACUAGGCCCAGCUAGAGCGUUUGAAAUUUACAGAUGAAAUCACCUGUUAUUCGCAGUUUAUAACGACCCUCAUAAAAAAUGGAUUACCACAUUGUUGCUGUGGAAGAGGCUAGAUCAUUCAUCCACAGAUGUAUGGUGGCAGCAGGCACACAAGAUUCGCAUGCCAAUGAUCUAGCAGAGGUGUUAGUGGCUGCUGAUCACCGCGGACAUUACAGUCAUGGGAUGAACAGGCUAGAUAUGUAUGUAACGGAUAUAAAAACAGGUAUGACAGUCUGUGAUAAGAGUCCGGAGAUUUUGAAAGAAACGGCAGCAACUGCAUGGGUUGAAGGCAAUAAUCUUCUAGGACCAGUUGUUGGAAAGUUCUGUACAGAUAUCGCGAUAAAGAAAGCUAAGGAAGCUGGCAUUGGAUGGGUGGUUGCUAAAGGUAGCAACCACUAUGGCAUAGCCGGUUGGUAUGCCCUGAAAGCAAUGCAAGAAGGCUUAAUUGGAAUGUCUUUUACUAACACCUCGCCUGUAGUAACACCAACACGCGCUCAGAAGCCAGCAAUUGGAACAAAUCCGAUAGCAUGUGGUGCUUCUGCUAUUGGCGAUGACAGUUUCGUUCUUGAUAUGGCAACUUCAGCUGUGGCAUUUGGAAAGAUUGAGUUAAAUGACAGAAAGGGCCUUCCAAUACCAGAUGGAUGGGGAUCAGACUCGACAGGACAGGUAUCUAAUGAUGCAAAAGCUAUUUUGAAUGGAGGAAGCCUAUUGCCACUUGGGGGUACUGAGCUAUGCAGUGGUUACAAGGGUUAUGGACUGGCAAUGAUGGUGGAGCUCUUUUGUGGAAUUCUGGGAGGUGCAAGUUAUGGUCCAAAUGUUAGGGAUUGGAAAGAUACUGGCAGUGUAGCAAAUCUGGGACAAUGUUUUGUUGCCAUUAACCCAGAGGCCUUUGCUCCAGGAUUUCCAGACCGAAUGCAAUCAUUUUUAAACUGUUAUCGUAAUGCUACCCCUGCUGAUAGUGAAAAGGAAGUGUUUGUAGCAGGUGACCCUGAAAGGAAGCAUAUUGAAAAGGUAGCGAAAGAUGGAGGCUUGUCCUACCACAGAAAUCUGGUAGAUCACCUUAACACUCUAGCUACUGAUUUGAAAGUUGAGCAGAUUAAAACAAAAUAGUCCAUUCAGACUAUUGAGAUAAUAUAUUUUACUUUUAUGCUGAUUUCCUUAUACAGUACAAGCCAAAUGUAUUCAUGUAAAAGAAUUAUCCUUCUUUGUAUGUGUGAAAUCUAAUUUUAAGUCCAGUUGGUGUUGGUCUUGUAACAAAGAUUUUAAUUGGUGUGUAAUGAUACAUAUAUACAGUAUACUGUAUGUAUUAUACUUAAUUCAUAUUUACAGUACUAGAAAAUGGAAUAAAACUUAUUAACUGCCUGUAAGUGCUGCAGUAGUUACAGUUUAGUUCUCAACCUUGAGGUCGGAGUUCAGUCCCUCCUUGUGAGUUUUACUUGUGUCCUUGGGCAAGGCAUCCUACCUACAUUGUCAGAGUGCCACAUAGGUACCUGGCAGGUUCGAACACAAAAUGUGCUAUCAAUAGCUGCAACUCUUAAUUGUAAGAUCUAAAAAUUUGGGGUUGAGCAUACCCAACAAGUGUUUAUCUGCCAAUAUUUAUGAUACAAUAUUUUAAUACAGUAAUACAGAUGCUAUUCAUUUUGGGGUAAUAAGCUAUUGGUAAUAUAUUCAUAUAUUUGAAUCAUAGUACAUUACUGCAUUUUCAAAAA